UUAUAUGCUAAGAGCCUUUCAGACCAGCGGUGCGCAGCCAUUCGAGGGCUCCAGCCAGCCUAACAUCUCUCUCUCUCUGACUCUGAAGGGUGGAGUUAAGAAAUGUCUGCUGUCAGUGUCUCACUCGGCUCAACUUUGCUGUUUUUCAGCGUCUUCGUGUUCGUCUCUGCAGACCAGAUGAACAUCACAGCCGAGUCUGGACAGGACGUCACUCUGCCAUGUCAAAUUACAAAUAAGAUCUCAGCUGUAGUUUGGAGCAGAGCUGACCUGGAACCAAAAAAUAUCUUUUUGUACCAGGAUGGGCGUUUUGUUCCAAACAACCAGCAUCCAUCAUACAAGAACAGAGCGGCUCUGCGGGACAGAGGGAUGAAGGAUGGAGACGUGUCUUUGAUUGUGAAGAAAGCGACCACUGCUGACUCUGGAACAUACAAGUGUCGUGUUAAAAUAGCAGAAACACAUUCAUGGAAAAACAUCACCAUCAAUCUGAGAAUUCCUCCAGAUCGAUCAGGACCGGGUGGAACUGGAUCUAUUGGAGUGAUAGUUGGCCUGAUAGUUGCAGGUGUGGCUGUUGCUGCUGGUUUAUCAUUCUGCAGAAAACAAAAGCCACAGAGUCAGAAUUCCUUCCAGCCUCCCGAUGAUCAGGACUAGACUGUCUGCGAAACUCUAAACUGAGUCUUCAGCUGGUGCUCUAAACUCUCAGUGCUGACACCAAACAUGAUGAAAUACAGAUAAUCAAUGUCAUGCUGGGCAUCAUCAUCACACUUGAUAGCAGAACAGCGACUCCGAUGAUUUAAAUAGACAAAGUUUAAGGUUAUACUUUUGUUUCCUUUGAUAAUAGUUAAUCAUGCUUAAUUCUUAUCAUGUAUACUCAAGAUUAAAUCAAUAUGAUGAAUGAGAACCUGUGCUUAACAUCCUAACAUCAGCAGUCAUCCUGUUGAAUCUCAGCUCUGUAUUUCAAUAUUAUAUUAAACAACAC